GGAAGUAAAGACGGAGAAACAACCUGGGUAGAAGUCCUGUUAAAUCUCCUGAGUACGCGACAAGAUGGAAAGUGACUCUAUUGACAGUUUAAUCCUGAAGCUCCACGAUGUGAACGCGGUGAAGUUUGGAGAGUACAAGCUGAAGAGCGGCAUGAUGACUCCCAUUUACAUCGACCUGAGAGUUCUCGUGUCAUACCCUGCCCUCAUGAACCAGGUGGCACAUUUGAUCUAUCAGCGCGUGCAAGAAGAAGAGCUACAGUUUGACAGUGUGUGUGGGGUUCCUUACACAGCCCUGCCUUUGGCCACCAUCAUCUGUUCCACACAUGAGCUGCCCAUGCUCAUCAGGCGGAAGGAGGCCAAGGACUAUGGAACCAAGCGUCUGGUGGAGGGUUCAUUUCGGGAAGGAGAUAUCUGUCUGAUCAUUGAGGACACAGUGACCAGUGGUGCCAGCAUCCUGGAGACAGCUGAAGUGCUCUACACAGGGGGUUUAAAGGUGACAGACGCCAUCGUCCUAAUGGACAGAGAGCAAGGUGGUGUAGAAAUGUUGGCUUCUCAGGGUAUCAAACUCCAUCCAAUCAUCUCCAUGUUCAAGCUGCUUAAUGUGCUGCUUGCAGCCAAACGUAUUGAUGCUGAAACUGCCCAGAGUGUACGCAAGUUUAUCUUGGAUAACAACACUUUCAGACCAAAGGAAAAUGGGAAUGGUGUUCCUGCUGUCAAGAAGCCAUGUUUGGAGCAGAAGAUGGAGCUGAGCUAUGGAGACAGAGCAAAACUACCAAAUGUUCACCCGUUAGCAUCAAAGCUGUUCAGCAUCAUGGAGGAGAAGCAGUCAAAUCUGUGUGUGUCUGCUGAUGUGACGGGCAGUGAGGAGCUCCUACAGCUGGCAGACUCGUUAGGUCCCAAAAUCUGCAUGCUGAAAACCCAUGUGGACAUCCUAAAGGACUACACGGAAAGCUUCAGCCAGAAGCUGCAGGCAUUAGCUGAGAAACACAACUUCCUUAUUUUUGAAGAUCGCAAGUUUGCCGACAUCGGGAACACCGUUAAGCAUCAGUAUGAAGGUGGUUUGUACCAGAUCUCAUCCUGGUCUCAUAUAGUCAACGCCCAUGCGGUGCCUGGGCCUGGAGUGGUGAAGGGUCUGAGCACUGUAGGGAAGCCUCUGGGCCGAGGCUGUUUGCUCAUUGCACAGAUGAGCUCUCAGGGCUCAUUGGCUACAGGAGAAUACACACAGGCUGUGCUAAAGAUGGCGGAAGACCACACAGACUUCGUGAUCGGGUUUAUAUGUGGCUCCAAGAUCUCCAAGAGGCCAGAGUUCAUCCACAUGACCCCCGGGGUGCAGAUACAGGCUGGAGGUGAUGUGUUGGGCCAGCAGUACUCCACCCCAGAGGACGUCCUUUACAACAAGGGCUCUGAUGUCAUCAUUGUUGGUCGAGGUAUCCUGGAGGCUCCUGAUAGGCUGGAGGCAGCUGAGUCAUACAGACAGUCAGGCUGGGAGGCUUAUACCAAGAGACUGAGCAAGACCGGCCAAUAGGAGCAAGCUUUGUGUACUCCAUCUGAUGUCAAAUGUAUUCUUAGAGUUACACCAACAAGAACAUCUCUGGAAGACUGAAAAUAUGCUUUUAUUUCAGAGUUUAGAAACUCCUAUGUGCAAAUAAUAGUAGAAUAUCUAGCGUUGUAUGUAGAUAUGACACUGCCACAUCCAAAAGCACAGCCACACAGUUCAUUAACAUUUGAGUUAUAGGCUACAUCAGAGAGUACAGUCUAGACCUGCCCUUUUUUUGAAGCAUCUGAGAUACCUUUGAAUUAGCGCUAUACAAAAAAAUAUUAGAGUUGGGGUGUCUGGAUGGUGGGUGUAUCAGAAACUUUACUGUUUACUGUGUGAUAAUGUGUUGUUUAGAAUCUGUCCUGUUAUUAAGCUGCUUUCUUGAAAUGAUUCCCUCCUUAAUAGCCUGCAUGGAUUGACCUGAAGUCCACCCACUGUGGCACUUAUAACCAGGGUUAGAGUUUCAGUAUUUCAGAGUUUAAUCUUCUCUUCCUGGUGUGAACAUGCAGACUUUAAGAUUUAAAAUUAAUAAAGUAGAUUAGCUAGUUUUUUAAAGAUAAGAUGGCUUAUAAACUUUGAAAGGAUUUUCUAGCAGGUGUCAUCAACCAUUCCUAUGCAUGCUUUUGUAUCAUUUCUGAAAUGUUACACCAGGAUAUGCCGGACAAAUGAGAGGAUGUGGCUGUUGUGUAGUUGCUAUGUAGUAGAUUAGAUUUAAGGGCAUUUCCUAGUUUUCAAGAUUAAUGAUGGCAUUUUAUUUGCCUGAUUGAUUGUGAAGCCCUAAAGAGAAUAUGACAAAACUGUGAAUUAUAAAACCAGGGAUCUGCCAGCUAAAGAUGUUUUUCAUUAGUAUUCCUUCAGAUGAGGAGUGUUUCAGCUCCGAUUUUUAAGCUGAUACUAAGUUUGGAUAAGACUUCUUAUCACUCAAGUGUCUGCCGUCCAGUGUUUAACUUGACUCCAAAUAUUAAGGAACAAAAGAAGCUCUCAAGGGACGCUCUUCAUUUUUUUCAAGUGCUCAGUGAUACUAGAAAACCACACCACGAGUUGUUCUCGGUUUUAAUCUUCUGACUUGUAAAGAACACUGGGUGAAUGAGUUUUGUUUAGAUAAGACACCUACAGUUUGUGACACCUCCCUGAAGAAAUAGUCAGAAGUAAACAGCAUUUCCUGGAGCCAUGACAGUUGUGCUGUUAGUCCUGGACAACAAGGACUGCAGUGGUAUAAACGUACUAAUGAGGGUUUGAAAGAAUAAAUGAUCAACGUCGGUAAUGUGAACUUAGUUUGGAUUUUUACUUCUGUUCCAUCUGUGACAAGAAAUGCAAUAUCUUUCCUCAUGAGAUGAUCUGCUUCAAUAAAUCCUUCUCAUUUAUGAA